AUGGGAGUUGUUUCGUCAUUAAUUUUGAGUUUAUUAACACUUGCGCUUCUGUUGAAACCAGCUACACCCAUUCUUUGCAAUAAAACAACCGGCAAUGUGGAAAACGCUCUCAAACAACACUUGUUCUGCAAUGGAUACGAUCCAAAGAUACGACCUGCCAAAAGUGAUUUCGAUACGAUCAACAUAACAGUGACCUCCUAUUUAUUUAAAUUUGACGUUAUCGAGUACUCGAAAACGUUACAUGUUGAAAUGAUAUACGAGAUGAUGUGGCAAGAUACGACAUUACAAUGGAACGCUUCCGACUGGUCUAACAUUACUUUCUUGCUUCCCAACAACGAUGAAAUUUGGAUUCCACGGUUUGAGCAUGUUAAUUCCGAUUAUGAAGGUGAAUCUUCCCUAUCCUGCAACAAUCCCCACUGUGUGUUGUAUGACACAGGAAAAUUGGUCUGUGUACCAACUUGUCUACUCGACGCCAAAUGUUCGUAUGAUUAUUCACGUUGGCCCUACAAUACAAUGGGUUGUCAGACAUGGUUCUCGAACCAUGAUCAGGAACUCGUGGACGAAAUUAACUUCCUACCAUUUGAAACGUUUGUGGCAAAGGGGGCUGAUCCUGCUUCAGCCAAGUGGUGCAUUACAUCGUUUACAUCCAGCGCUACAAUGUUGAACAUUCCGGGAGCUACCAGACGAAACGUCAAGGCACUAAAAUUCGAAUUGGAACAUACGCCUCACGUAGUAUUGGUCGCGUUGUAUUUUCCUGGAUUUGGUCUAGUUAUGUUGAAUAUUUUCAUCUGCUGGUUGCAUUCUCUUGCGAGUGAGAAGAGGAAGAUUAUUUUGAUAUCUUUACUGUGCCAUUUCCAACUUGUUUGUGACAUAUCAGUUCGAUUCACAGAAGUGCCAGGAGCAGUGAUGUUUGGAAUCGCAUCGAUGAUAUUGACAUUGUUGUUGUUUGUGAUCACACUUAUCCUGCGUUGGAUGCACGAUCUUCAUACAACUCCGCCAAGAAUUCUCAUACGAUGGAUGAGAUCGCUGACAAGCAACCGAAUGAUGGAAUUGUUCGUUCAGACAGAAUAUCUCAGCCUCGGUCACAAACCAUCUGACUUUACGAGUUAUGUCGAGUUAAGAGACUGGCCAACCAUUGUGAAGUUCACCGACCGUUGUGUCUUUGUGUUGUACGUUUUCAUUUACUUACUGCUUUUUUGGAUAUAUGUGCCCAUGCAGCAUGUUAAACAUGAUUCAAAUGAUCCUUAUGCGCUUUGCGCUAGUUAA